AUGACUGAGUUAAAGUCUUCGUCCAACACCCUGAAGGAAUUUCUUAAAGAAGGUGCAGUGGGCUAUGAGAGUGACAUUGCCGCGUCGAGUUUCUAUGGACCACCUCCAGAUACGCCAACAGCGCGUGACACCACGCGCGUCGCACCUAAUCCAUUCUUGGAACGCGAGGAGGUACCUUCACCUCUUGCACAGCGUGCAGUCGUCGAGCCUACGUUGGGUGUGCUGCACAACAUUCUUGAUGAAGAUCAGGCUUUAUCUCUUUAG